AUGGUAAAGUUUGGCCAGACCCUUGAGUUCUACAACUCGAACAGCUGGCCGAAGUUUCAGGGUGCUUGGAUCCAAUACGAGGACCUCAAGAGGGCCAUCUCGGUUUACACUGGGCAGGACAAAGACAAUGCGACUGUUGAGUCAGUCACGCACUGGUCAUCUUCAUUCCUUCGACUAGGCCCCAAUCCAGAGCUGCCUCCGGAGGCUCGCCUGAAUGACAUCCUGACCGCGGAGUUGUCGCGCAUUGGCAAGUUUGUCCAAACCGAAGAGGCGCGCAUUCAUGGAAACCUGGAUGCCUUGAAGCAGGAUGUUCUGGCCAGCAAGCCGCUGGCGGAAUUGUGCCGAAGGCUAGAGGAGGUGGGCACGGACAUUAGCGACUUGAAGUUUUUCGUGCAACAGAACUUCACUGGCUUCAGAAAAGCAUUGAAGAAGUACGAGAAGUCGAGCAAGAAAUUCAUCAUGCAGUGGUUCAUGACUCAGGUGGCGAAAGCCCCUCUAAUGGCGACGGACUUUGACAACAUGCUGGGAAAGUUUGGCGACAUUGCCCAGAUUCUACGAAGGAAGGGUGCAGCGCCGUACAGUGAUGUCAAACACAGUCUCUCUGGUGCAGAUGACAAGACCAGAUCACUUGAGAGCACCUACCUGCUGGAAGCGAAGUCUGCUAUGAAGUUCCGAGUAAAGCUGUCAGCCUUCAUGGUGGCAAAGAAUGUUGCUCAGGAUGUGCCUGCCCUUAGCGCUGGCGCGAAAGCGCCGAGACCCAAGACGACCUCGGUUUUUCUCGACACGCCGGACUUCAAGGUCUACAAUGAUGUGCUCCAGUCCAACCAGAGCAUGUCGCCAAGUGCUGCGAUGCACAUUCGAAGAAGCGAUCCAAAUCAAGUCGCGUGCGUCGUGUAUCAGGCGACAGGAGACAAGAAGAGAACCGAAGUACUCAUCAGGAGUGAUGAGGUGGCACGGUUGCUGAAGGGACAGGUCCCAAGCACCGUCUUGGAUGCGCGGGCUAUUGGAGUGCGUGGUGUGAUUGGUAGUGACCCUCCAGCUGACAAGCUGUUGGGAACUUCCAAAAUGCAGGAGGUAACAAGAACAUUUGGGAAUACAUUGGCUCCGAUGGCAGUGGCGAGCUACAGCCGCUCAAUCUUGCAGGAUGAUUGUGGCAUUGUUGUCAUCUUUGAUGAGGAUGUGCGUUUCGGUAAAAUCAAGGAAUGGGACUCAGGCAGCCCGACUUCUGUGGACUUUUUUCCAUACGUGGUCAUCACCGUGAAAUUCCCUCCCGGUCUGAAGGAGUCUUCCUGGCCAAGGUGGCUUGGCCUUCUUGAAAACGGCAGUGUUGUGCAGGCGAACGGCUUUUCGAAAGGAGCCCAUGCCAUAGCCCGCUUCCAUGCAUUGGGGCUGAAGCUGCAAAUGCCGCAUUGGUAUGGAAAUGUUUAUUCCGAUCUGCAGGACAAUGAGGAGAACGAGGCUCACAUGCCGCAGGAACCUUCCGAAGGAAGUGUCAAAAGUGGCAGUGGCAGGGAUGACGAUGCACCGCACAGAUGGACUGAGAGCAGUGCACGACUGCUUCACGAGUUCGGGACGACGCCUCAGCAGGAGCAGGAGAUGGCUCUGACCCGGAUCGCUCUAGCCAAGAGAGGCGGGUCGCCGGAGGAUGCCAAGAAGGUGCCAGCCGAUGAUGCUGGUAAGCUCAGUGCGCCACUGCUCUCUGGGAGUGCGCCGGCACCAAAGGUGGCAGAGCAAGGCUUCAUGCAGCGAAUGCUGGGAGUUGAUGUCCAGACAAGUAACGACAAGCCCACAAGAAGGGCAAUUGUUGCGGUGCAGCCGAAGACUUUGUAUUCAAACGAGCGCACGUUCCUGGAGUGGAUUCAUUUUGCCACCAUCAUAGCAGCUGCUGGAGUUUUGAUGCUCCACAUCUCGGAAGAGGCAGCUCACGCAACAGUUGGACGGCUGCUUGUGUUGGCUGCCGUUUUUCUCAUUGCCUGGUCAGUGCAUGUUUUCAACUGGCGCGCAGAUGGCCUGGACGAUAAAGUCGACAUGCGCUACGAGGACAAUAUCGGACCUGUUGUGCUGGUGGUCAGUAUCAUGGGUGCCUUGGUCUUCUCCAUUGCUCAUGCAGUUGAAAACUUCUGA